CCCGUAACGAGUUUUGGUUUUAAAUAUGUGUUUGUGUUGCUGACACGCAUUGCUCUCUAUAUUUCUUUGCACCUUUCAUUCUCAUCAUUACUACUAUUUCUCAACGCCUCAUACCUGCAGCUUAUUAGUUAACAAGAUGGUAAACUACUGGAAAUCCAAGGUUCUGCCCAAGAUCAAGAAAGUCUUUGAGAACCCAAAAAAGGCAGCUGCUCUUGAAGCUUGCAAGGCCUUCGAUGAAUCUAAGGAGCAAUAUUCGAAAGAGUGUGAAGAGAAAAAGACAGAUCUUGAGCCCAAAGUUACCGAAAUCUAUCAAGCUUCAUCUACUGAGAUUAAGGCUUUGAUCAAGGAACCAACGGAUGCAGCUGUGAAAAAGCACUCCGCAGCAGUCCAGAAAUUCCUCGACGAGCUUGCUAAGAUCGAUUUUCCGGGUUCAAAAUCAGUGAGCGAAGCAGCUAGUAAAGUUGGACCAGCAUACGUGUCUGGUCCGGUUCUGUUUGUGUUCGAGAAGGUCUCCACUUUCAUACCUGCCCUUGUUGAAGAGGAGAAGAAGAAAGAGGAGGAGAAGAAAGAGGAGGCUGUCCCGCCACCGGCUGAGGCUGAGGCUGAGAGUUCCAAAGAGGAGGUUAAAGAGAAGGAGAUCGCUGUGGAGGCGGCUGUUGAGGAGAAACUCGAGGAUGCGCCGCCAGCACCAGCAGCAGACCCUCCUAAGCCUUGAAGGCUGAAGCCCUCUCUCUCCCCUCAUAUUUGCCACCAAUAUGUUUGUAAUUGUAUAUGUGAUUGAUUUCUUAUUCUUUAUGUGUCAAUUUCAUUAUUUAUAUUAUAUAUACAUAUAGGGGAGUAAUCAAUUGCUAACUUAA